AUGCAACGCAUAACAAAGUCAUCCGAAGAAAAGCCUUCCCGGACGGCAAACCGCAGCUACAGACUCGCCGCCCGCUCAUGCAUCGCGUGUCACCGGCGCAAAGUUCGGUGCGACCGAGGGGUCCCUUGCACGAACUGCACCCGAUGCGAAUUUACCUGCGUUUACCCCAAAGAGACAGCUGAAAAGAGGCCUGCGUCUCUACAGCAUGUUUCUGACCGGUUGGAGCGGGUCGAGUCGAUGUUGGCUCGUUUCUGCGAGACACAGCUCUCGGAUUGCAAUUUACCGUCGGCAAUCAAUGAACCCAAUGAGAAAACUGAAGAUGGACUCGGAGAGGGCAGAGAAGCUGAUAAUCGACAAAAUCACCAUACCAACUUGAAUCAAGGACAAUCUACACAGCGAAAUAACAUGUCCUGGGAAGUCCUCCUGAAUGAUGGACAUGUGGUUCAAUAUGUGAAUAAUCCGAAUAUAAAAGAUCUUCUUCAGGAUGAAGACAAAAUGAGAGCAACCCCAUCGCCCUCAAAUCACAAAUCACCACCUAAUCUCCAAACAAACAACAGCCACGCCAUUCCAACCCCAAUUCCAACUCCAGCAGUACCCCCAAACCAGAACCAACAAUCAACAAUUCUAGCCUGCUACCCAACCCCCGAACUAGCCCUCCACCUCUGGUCAAUAUAUUCCAAAAGCGUCGACCCCGUCCUAAAGAUCCUCCACAAACCAACAACCCAAUCCGCAGUCCUAUCAACAAUCCUCGACCCAACCUCCGCAACCCGCUCAAUGCUAGCAUUAACCUAUGCGAUAUACUACGCAGCUAUCACGGCGCUUUGUCAUAACCACACCUCUGGCAGUACUACUAGAAGUGGGAGCAACACGAUUAUGCCAGAACACUGUCAAAACGAAGAAGAAAGAACAACCCUCCUAUCAAACUACAAAUCAGCCCUGGAUACAAUCCUCCUCUCAACAGAUCUAAUGAAUAGUCCCGAUUUAACAUCUUUACAAGCAUUGGCUAUAUACGCCACAACCCUCCGCACCCACUCACCCACCCGCUCAGUCUGGGUCCUAACAGGUCUAACAAUCCGUCUAUCCCAAUCGAUCGGCCUCCACCGAAACGGCACAGAUUUAAAUCUAAGUCCCUUCGAAACCGAACUCCGACUACGACUUUGGUGGCAUCUUUGCGUCCUUGAUUCGAGGGCCCCGGAAGAUCAGGGGUUUGAAAUUAGUGUGGACAUUGCCAAAGGCCAGCAAGGCCAGAGUCAGGGAUUAAGACUCCCGCUGAAUGUUAAUGAUGACCAAUUGUUUCCGGGUAUGAGGGACUUUCCCGUUGAAAGUGUUGGUUGGACGGAGAUGUCGUUUUUUUUAAUGCAGACUGAGUCUUGUCGUUUGUUGAGUCCUGUUUUGGGGCCGUGGUCGGGAUCAGGAGCAGGAGCAGGAACAGGAGCAGAACGGGGCCGAGGGGAGAGUAUUUCUGAAAUCAGGACGAAGAGAGCAUUUAUUGAAGAGAGGAGGAGUGAAGUGUUUGCGAAAUAUGGAAUUUCAGAAGACCUCAACUUGAAUGAUUCCGCUCCGGCAAUCCUUUCCAAAAUCGCAGGACAGCAUUUGACAACAGCGAAGAAAAAAAUGGAAUUCAUACUCCAACUUCGAGAGGAAUCGAUAUUAACACCGUCAGCCUCGAGCACAGCACACUCAAAAUCACAAUCCGAAAGACCAAACACAUACACACAAACACAAACACCCAAGUCAUUCACCCUAGCCUGCGACGCAAUUGAUUCAAACCGCCUCCUCCUCCAAUCCUCUUUCUCCCACGAUUUUCGCUGGUUAUUCACGACAUAUACGCAAUGGUAUGCGCUGGCGUAUAUCCUGCGCUGUCUGUGUAAUGUGCAUGUGCAUGUGCCGCGUGAAGUCAGAGCUGUUGACAUUCAGCGCGCGUGGGCGUUAGUCGAUGAUGUCUUUCCUGAUAUGUCUAUGUCUGCCAGUGUCGGUGGACUCGGAUAUGGGGGGUCGGAUGUGGAGCAGCAUGGGAUGGAUGGUGCUGGUGCUGGUGGGAAUAGUGGUACUGGCACCAGCAACAAUGACAACGAUAUGGUGAAAGUGAAGCCUUUUGCCAGUGUGGAUGCCGGUGCAGGUGCCGGGGCCGGGGCCAGGGCCAGUUCAAUGGAUGUUGAUUUUGCCGAAUUCGAUAUGCAGACUCUCGGGGAUGGGGAUUUCAGUGCAUUCUCCGGCUUUGCGGCUGAUAUUCCGUUUUUGCCGGAGUGGAAUGCCAUUAUGAAUGGUUGUUUUGAUGAAAUGGGGGAGUCUGUUCAAGUUUGA